UCCAUCGAGUUUGGAGAAUAAUCUCCCUUUCCACAAUUUGUGUUUGAAAAAAAUUAAAAUCGACCAGUUCUCAUAACUAAAUCUCUGGUUAAAAUAGAAAGAAAAAUGAAUUUCAUGUUAUGAUGCUGGAGAAGUGCCGUCCCAACACCACUUUCAUGUCAAUGAAGUAAAAUUUAUUCGGAUUAGAAUGGCCAAGUUUCAACAGAAAAAUCUAGUUUGAAAUUUGGCAAAGAAGAAGGUGAUUGACAUACUGACAGCAACUCGGACCACCACAUACGCAAGCAAUUACUCUUGGUUGCUUAUGAUUCAUAGCCCGUGACGUUGUUGUUGUUGUUGCUGCUGCUGCUGCUGUUGAGUGUCGAUUUGUUUGUGUGCGGGUAAUUCUUUUCUUUCUGUAUGUUUGUUGUUCCUCUGUGUCUUGACAAUAUCUUGUUGAAAUGAGUUCGUGUGUUUCUUGCUGACUGAAGCAAUAUUGAGCGCCUAGAACAAAAACUGCGUCCAAGUGAGUGCAUUCAAUUGGUUUUGGGCAUAACAUUUCAGAUCUGGGCCUCGUCUGUUUUGUUCUUUGGUUCGGUUUUCAUUUUAAAUUGUUUUGAGUGUUCAUUCUUUUUUUCUAAUAAGGUGCGUAUUGAGAAAAAAAAUUGAAAUUAUAGUUGUGUUUAUACAAUUAUUAAACUAAAAGUUGGAAACAAAGAAAAUAGCAUUGAACCAGUAGCUAGCUAUUCAGUUGUUAGAGAAGAGCACAUUGUUAGCCAAAUGUUUGUCAUAUCUUCAGCAAAGGAAACACUCGGCACCGUUUUCUAAGUGCGAUAAUCUUUUGUGCCGAUGCAGUUGCCUCCUUUUACAUUGAUACACACAGUUAAUUGUUGCAAGAGUUGAAGAGAGAGACUACGCCUACCAUCUAGCGGCGCACAAUACACGUAAUAAUGUGUUGUGUAUUCGGUUGUGUCAGAAUCCAAGUCCGACACACAAACACACUGAAUCUAGUACGCGUUCCAUUGAUAUAUAAACAUAUAUCUAUGUAUGGCAAACACUGGUAUACAAAACAGAAAAUCUCACCACGUAUUUAAUGGCAUCGAUAUGUGUGUGCGAUGAGUGCAAAAGAGACAACUACAACUCGGUUAUUUUGACGAAUAUGAUUUUUUAAUGUAAGUCCAGCAGAACGAACAAGCUAAGAAGUUGGAGUUUUUUUAUAAUUUUAAUAUACGAAGUAGGCGAGGUUACAGCAGACGUUAUUCGUACGGUGCGAGGCUUUAAAUUUUGAUUUUGAAUUCAUAAUUUUUCGGAGUGUGGAAACGCAAUGGAGGAGAUUAGUGAUCCAGAGAAAGUUCGCAUCGUGUCCGAUUUUAUAUUGCAUGCACCGCCUGGUGAAUUUAACGAAGUGUUCAACGAUGUGCGCGAGCUACUGAAAAAUGACGGUCUGCUCAAGGAAGGUGCAAGCCAUGCAUUUGCACAAUACAACAAAGACCAAUUGACACCGGUUCGAAUAGAAGGCUCCGAUCAUCAAACGAUUAUUACAGAAUUCAACGAUUUGGGUGGUAGCCGUUUCUACGACCCACGAACGAAGCAAUCAUUCAAAUAUGAUCAUUUGCGAAAGGAAGCCAGUGACUAUCAGUCCUAUGAGCCGGAUUCAUUGGCUGAACCAUGGCGAUCAGCGUUAGAUAUUGAAACGUUAGCCUAUACAGCCAAUCACUACCGGCAUGGUGUGUCAUCGGUGUUUGGUCGUUCGCAAAGUGGUCAAAUCACUUUAAAUGUCUGCAUUGAAGACCAUCAAUUUCAGCCGAAAAACUUUUGGAAUGGCCGAUGGCGAUCACAAUGGCAUGUCACAUUUACACCGGGCAGUGGAAGUGCAUGCGAACUGAAAGGUGUUCUUAAAGCACAGAUCCACUACUAUGAAGAUGGUAACGUUCAGUUAGUGUCUGCAAAGGAAUGCCGUGAAUCAAUUAUAGUAACGAAUGAGGCGGCCACGGCAAAGGAAAUUAUUCGUUUAAUCGAAGAAGCGGAAAACGAAUAUCAAUCGGCAAUAUCGGAAAACUAUCAAACCAUGUCAGAUACCACAUUUAAGGCAUUACGAAGACAAUUACCGGUCACUCGAACGAAAAUCGACUGGAGCAAAAUUGUGUCAUAUAGCAUUGGAAAAGAGCUGAAAUCACAAUAAAAAAAGAAUGAAUAAUUUUGAGCAAUUUUGAAGAGAAAAGAAAACGAAAACAAAAACAGAAACAAAAGAGCUGAUCGCAAACCGAAAACAAUAGAAUAUUUGCAAUAGAAGAAAUCCUGCGAGAAAAAUAAACAACAAGAACAGCAAAAUAAUGUCUCACAAUCGAAUUGAAUAGAAAGAAAUUGCAAAGAGGAAGAAAAACGGCAAUGAUCGCAAAUAAAACAAAUGGAAAAAAGACAGAAAUUUAUGCAAAAAAAAAACAAAUUUGAUUUGCGAUGUGGAGCCUUUUUCUCACUUUUGAUUGCACGCAAAUUAUACAAAUAUUAAAAAUUAUACAAUUGUAGAAAAAUCUGAAGGAAAAACGACACGUACGGAAUAUUAUUUCCCACUUUCCCUCUGCAUCUCUCUCUUCAAGAAAGACAAUACAAAAACAGCACACAGAUGAAAGCAAACAGUUCGGAUGAAACAAACAACAAUCAAAUAAUUUUUAUUAUGCAUUUAUUUCGUGUCGGUAUGUUUAAAAAAAGAAAUUAACACAAAAUUAAUUAUUUCCAAUUUUUUUUUAAAUUUAAUUGAAAAGAAAUAAAGAAGAAAAAUAAUACUUUAA